AUGACGAACACCAUAAAAGAGCUGUUCUCUGGCGAACCUUUCGAAUAUUCUGAAUACUUUGCGAAAACGAGGCCACAUGAGUGGAGAGAAAAGAACUUUAUUUUAUGGUUAGAAGCGAAUGGUGAAAAUCUGUUCGCGGGAAGUAGACCACUUCAGGAACGAAAGAUAAAAUGGCAUAAUCAAUUCUUGAAUUCGUUAGAGUCCGUCAUUUCUCUAUGCAAAAGUUUUUUAGAGGAUCCUGCGCGUAUUAUGACCACAGACGACCGAUCUCAUGUUAAAUCUUUAAUAAAUAAAGCAUCUUCUCUCAUUAAAGAUUUGACCGUGGUGGGAGUUCGGGCUUCAAGGCAUCUCUUUCGAGAGACAUUCGGCCAGCUCGUGGUGAGUGGUCGCCUUGGGCAUGUGGCUGAGGUUGUAACCGAACAGACCGUAGUGGGAGUUCGGAUUUCAAGGCAUCUCUUUCAAGAGACAUUCGGCCAGCUCAAUAAGGUUCCGAAUGAUGUUUCUCAAUGGUGGAUACAGUGGGAACUUGAGAACUUUAAAGAGCGUGAAAAACUAAUCAUGGCUCAGGACUCCCUGUCUCAAGUUGAAUGGACAUCAGCUCGGAAUGAGGAAACACGAAAGAGGUUUUGGGAAGUAGAUGCUUUGGAUAAAAAUGAUUCGAUAAACGAUGAUUUUGAAUAUCAAAUUGAGCAAAAUCAAGUGAAGCGGACAAGACUAGAGCGCCAACAAACUCCUGAAAAUCAAACGUAUCCAUCUUCCCUACCUUCAAAGAAUCAGAUAAUAAACUCUGCUUUAUAUAUCAAAAAUAAUGAUUUAUUUGAAAAAUUGGCACGACAAGAAGGGCAAAUCAAACCCCAAAAA